AUGAGUUCUACACAUUCACAAUUACUUUCACAAGCUAAACAGAAUCAAUUAAAUGAUUUAAAGCAAUCACAAAUAUACAGUAAACAAUUAAUAAAUAUAUUAAAUUACAUUAUAUCGAUCAAUUCAAAUGAAAAUUCAAAUUUAAUAGAGAAGAUACAUACAAUUCAUCAAUUAAAUAAUGAGAUAAAUGCACAGUUAAACAAUAAUGUAGCUAAGAGUUAUGAUAAUUUAAUGCAAUCAAAGAAAAAAUUGGAAAAAUUGAUUUCCAAUUGUAAGAAAUAUGUUAGUUUAAUUGAUGAUAUGCAAAAGAAACUGGAAUUAAUUGAUCAAAAUUUAAGAAUACUAGAAAAUACGUUGAAAUUGUUAGUGGAGGAUUAA